AUGCGCAAUGGGUGUGGGUACGACUUAAGCAUGGGACGUGUUUUCAAGCGACGGCCGCUGUUGUUCGCUGUACUUAUUUUGGGUUGUUUAUACGGUGGUGUCACACAACAGUAUGUACAAACUUUACAUUCACAACGUCGGGGUUCUGAUGGCGCAAACUCUGUUGUAUUCAAUGCCAACGACGAUAAUAAUAUUGAUGUCAGCAACAUGGAUAGGAGGAAUGAACAAUCUAUAAAUAGUGGUGGUUUCGGAAAUGGUAAGCUACAAAAGUUAAAUGACUUGUGGACCGGUUCUGAUGGAAGGUCAGAUGCUGAUCGUGAGGAAAAUUUAUCAAGUAAUAGGCAUGCAGGAGUGAGAGUUGUAGAUAAUUCAUAUGUAAAUGAUAACCGUAUAGAGUACAGUUUCCAAGGCAACAAGACUGAUAGCGAUCUGACGAAAGAAACGGACGCACACAGUGCAAAUAUAAAGAAUGACAAUGUAUCAAAUGAUAUGACACCAACGGACAAAGUAAGGGGGGCUAUAGGGAGUGAAGUAUCUUCUGAAGACGUAACCAAGGUAGUCGAGCCUGUGGAAAAUAGAGCAGCUGCUGUGAAGUAUCAUGCGGUUCAGGGACAAGGUCUGGAGAGGAAUAAAGAAGCGACAGGGGUUGUACAAGAUGUGAGCGUGAAACAUAGCUCACAGAUUGGUGUAGGGUCGCGACUUCACUCUGAUACUGCAUCCAACAACGUAGGCGAACAUAACCUGGAAGCUGCCAGCCUGGAUGAAAUCAGCUCUAAAACAGCCGAGGAUCCGUUGGUCAAAUUAAGACCGAAUGUUGAAACGGAAAUUAACUCCUACACAUUGACCUUCGUAGGUGAUAUCAUGCUCGGCGAUGCGGGGUUGAGGUUUGCGGAGAAACAGUACGAGACGGCACAGGCCUUGAAGACGCUGGGCGACAAGUCGGAAAACAGUAAGAGUAUAGUAAGUAACAAAAAAAAUACUAUACAAAAGACUAACUCAGACACAGAUACAAAUGAUCCUGAUAGUCGUGGCGAAGGAGAGGAGGAAUCUGAGUUUGUGUGGGACGUGGACGAGCCCUUCAGCAAAGUCAAGCGAUUGCUGAGGCAGUCCGACUAUGUCAUAGGUAACCUAGAGGCACCCAUCACUCGACGUAGGAAAAACUACGACUCCAAUCAUGCAUGGAGCUAUAAUAUGAUACCCAGAACAGCCAUGGCUAUUAAGCGCAGCGGUAUAAAUGCCGUGGGCUUUGCCAAUAACCAUUUCCUGGACAGGGGCCCAAUGGGAGUAUUCGAUACCUUGACCCGAUUAGAAGAUGUAGGACUCCCAUUGUUUGGUUUGGGUAGGACGCUCGAAGAUGCUGCAAAACCUCUGCUAUUGACAACCACAAUUCUAAGGAAAAAUGAUGAUAGUAUGGAAGGAGUUGUCAAAGAUGAAAACGAGACAUGGAAAGUGGCUGGGCGAGACCUACCCAGUAGCCUCAAUCACGGGGAUAGUCAAUUAAUCAGGAGCCGUGAGAAAGUACGCAACGAUGAUACGGGCAUUGAUAAGGCAGAUGCUGGUAAAUAUGGGCACCGGUACGAAAAUCAGGAUCAGGAAAGUACACAUUCGCAUGGUAACCUGACUGUGGGUGUGGUGGGGUUUUCGGACCUGUUCUGCUGUGGGAAAAGGGCGGGUAACGCUGAAAUCGGGUGGGGGGUGCUGCAGCCUGAACCCGAAGACAUAAGUAUAGGAAUUCAACAGUUGGUGGCCUCGGGCGCUUCGCUCAAAGUCGCGUAUGUCCACUGGGGUAAGAAUUAUAAACCCAUAACCGACUAUCAACGAUACCAGGCAAGGCUCUUGGUACGGGCCGGUUUUGACCUAAUUGUGGGGAGUGCUGGGUCUCAUACGGCCCAGGGCUUUGAGUAUGUGGAUGGGGUGCCCGUGGUUUAUUCGGUAGGUAACUAUGUGUUUCAAACCCCUGGCCGGUUUAGUGUACCAGCUAAGGGAUCGGAGGGAGUCAUACCCAGUCCAUAUGCAAUGGUGCUACAUGCUCAUAUAGAUUUCCGUAAGCAAGUGUUCAGCGGGCUGAGACUAGAUUGCAUCAUAAUAGACAACUCUGUGGUCGAGUUCAUCCCACGUGAGUGCCUCCCAUCUGAGGCUGCAGAGUUCUUUGCAUCACUCGGGAGUGAUGUGAUAUACGUAGCAGGGGCUGUGUCUGCAUCGGUGGUCUUCCCCGCUCUCGCUGGGUGA